ACUUAUUAUUUAACCCACUUUUCCUUCUUCAUUUCCCUAUCUCGAUCGAUCGAUUUCUCAUAUCCUAUAUACCUUUUAUUGUCUAUCUGAAAACUCAUCAAAAUAAUAAUAUAUAAUUAUUAUUAUACUCAUGGCUGGUGAUCUCGGCCUCAUCUCCUUGACUCACCUUCAAAGAUUAGUCCAAUCCGACCACCACAACAAUCUCCAACCGCCGGCGCCGCCGGCGACCGCUACAUGGAUGUUGAACCAACCCAAUUUUCCUAUGGAUGAUGUCAUAGCCGACCACGAUGAUGAAGAAGACCCUAAUUGGGAAGUCAAGGCCUUUGAAGAGGAUACCAAUCAAGCAAUGGGGACCACUUGGCCGCCCCGAUCUUACACUUGCUCUUUCUGUCGCCGUGAGUUCAGGUCAGCGCAAGCUCUCGGCGGCCACAUGAACGUUCACCGCCGCGAUAGGGCAAGGCUCCACCAGUCCCACCCAUAUCCUCCUCCUCCACCUCUUAAUUCUCUCCCCACGGUCGCCUCCCCCACAUCCCCUCUCAUAAUUCCGCCUCAAGAUUUCAUGACGAACGGCGGUCUCUGCCUUGUCUACUCAUUGCCGCCAAACCCUAAUAGCAUCGGUACAGGCGCAAUUCUCCCCGAAAAAGCAUCUCAUCAAACCUCGAGACUCUUCUCCGACACCUUGCCACACCCUCAAAACAACUCGAUAUCAUGUAUUAACUUUCCGGUGGUCGGUUAUAAUUAUAACCCUAAUCAUAGUUCAAGCAGUACUCAAGGAGCAACUGAAGAGAUUGAUCUGGAGCUCAGGCUAGGACGUAACUGGCCAUCUUCAUGAUCAUGUUAAUUAAAUUGAAUAUGUAAUCUUGUACUUUUUUGAUGAUAUUAUAUGAAAAAUGUU